AUUUUUUCUAUAGAUGGCUUCUGAUUUUGGUUUGCACGUUCGAAAAAUUAUCCUUAAAAUAAGCUUCCUAAUUACUAAUAAACAAUACAAUCAAUCAUAAAGAAAUUUAAUUUCAAUUGUUGUCAGCUACAAAAAAAGCUUUAUUAUUGAUACUAUUCUUAUUGUGGCAAACAUUUUAUAACUAUAUUUUUAUGUUUAUCUGGAAUCCAGAUUUUUAAAGAAAAUAAAAUUAUUGGAAAGUUGUUACAGUUUCAUUUAGGUUUUUAUAUAGUAAUUUACAUAUUUAUGAUGAUUGGAAGGAAGUAGGUAGGGUUCUCUAAACCAUUCCAAAAAAGCAAACAUUCAGCGGUCACCCUCUGGCGACGAGUUAGUUUUGCUGUCAUUAUUGAGUCCAAGGCAAACAUGAGGCAGUUACAAAAACAACUAGUGGACGACAACUUAGAGUAGGUACGCAUUUCAGUGAAGGGCGCCAUUUAUUCCGUUCAAAUACAUUUCAAUUACUUAAUAUGGACGGUUUCAUGCUAAAAAAUGUUCUAUGUCAAUAACAAUUACUUGCAUUAAGUGUGGCUAAGACGCAUAAAGGAGUACCCGCACGCCGCCAACGUCUGGUGGGGAGAUAAGCGUGUCUAAUUGUCCGGAGCUAUCGCGUAUCGCCGAUGCGGGACCUUACAGCCAGCCGUGGGGACCGCCAUCGGCUUCUUGCGGGCGGAAAAAUAUCGAUCGGGCGACACACACCUGUUCUGUAGUCGGUACAAUGGGGCCCGCGCACCUGCCUGGCCACAACCGCUCGCGCCGCCACCACGGGCACACACACGCAAGUCUAACGCCGCUCGCCGGCCGCGGACGGUUCGAUCGCUGACCGCCGCGACGUCAUACCGGCCCCGCGCCGUCGCCGAUCGAUCUACGUCCAUCUUGGACGACCACGCCGCUGGUCCACCACGCAUCUCCCAUUCAGGAUUACGAGCGAUGUAGCAAGUCAGCGGGAUGCAUAUAACAUCGGGACUUUCGCCGGCGUCUGGCGAGAUGCUGGACACGUCUGCGCUGGACUUUUAUGGAGACGCCGGGGAGCAGUGCGGCGUCACGUAUUUCGCAGUAGACCACACCGUACCAGAAUCGUCGCACACGGUAGAAAUCGAAUAUGUCUACGAGCAACCUGAGAUUUACUCUCACAACGAUGCCGCCAUUCACACAGACUCACAGCCAGUCGAAACCUCAACUACGAAACGUGCAUCCGAGGACCACGAUAGAAUAACGAAAAAGAUAAAGACAAAACAGAAACCGGAGACCAAUCCAACUGAAGAUGAGACAGAUUUAACGAACCUAACAUGGCUUCAGAAUAUAACGAACAUUAUGUCAGUGCCUCAGUUUCCUAUACCGCCGAUGUCGCCCAGUCCACCAGUUAAAGUGCAGCCGCAAAACACGAGACUCCAAAAGUUCAAUCAGACCAUCGCAAAGUGCCAGAAGGACUUCACUGAAAACAAGGAGGAGUACCAGACGAACAGCGAGAAGAAACCGCCUUACUCGUACAGCACGCUUAUUUGCAUGGCGAUGAGAUAUAACAACGAUAAGAUGACUCUAUCAGCGAUAUAUUCGUGGAUUCGUGAAAACUUUAAGUACUACAGGAACGCUGAUCCCACGUGGCAGAAUUCAAUAAGACAUAACCUGUCACUGAACAAAGUGUUCGUGAAAGAAGCUCGGUCGAAACACGAACCUGGCAAAGGAGGAUUCUGGAAACUAGACCUGGCUCAUUUGGAAGGCACUAAACGUAUAUCCAACAGACCACAGAAGAAAAACAAAAGUGCUGCACCUGAGGUGAAAGAAGUUUCGAUUGAAGACAAAGUGGCUGUUGCUAACAUACCUAAACCCAUUGAAAUAGUUGAAGCUAUGGCGGCUAGUAUAGAUAAUACUGUAACACUACACCUGCCUGACUUUAAUAUAAGCGGUCUGCAAUCCAUACCCGACUUGGAUAUAGAGACUAAUAUAGGAGCCAAUGUGAUAGUGGAACCAAUAGCACCGCCACCUCUGAUCCCUGAGGAUGACUUGUCGUCGCUACUACUGAACCCGACCGAUUGGGACGACCUUCAGUUGGAUAUGCUGGAUAAUUAUCUGGAUUCAUGUUUCAACUUAAGAAAUAGCAAUAGAUGAAUGAACAAUGAAAUGAUGAACACACUCCAACUCCUCUUUUUUACAAAUAUCAGAUAAAAAAACAAACCGGGAAAAAGUGAGAAGAUUGUAUCCAAAAUACUGCCGGCUGCAGUGCACUUAUAAUUAAUUAUACAUGAAUUUGAGAUUAUAUGACCUUGAUGUAUGGUUAAAAUUCUAUCGGUUAAAAAGAUGCGACAGGAACGAUUAUAUUUAGGGCUCCAUGGGGUAGGGAAUCGGGUCAGGGUAGCAGGAUAGGCAACAGCGCUAAAGACAGCUUUGGUAUCGCAAGCGUCUAUAAAUUAUAAUGGCCGCUUACCAUCAGGCGGGCCAUACGCUUGUUUCUUCUCCCAGUUAUACAUAAAUUUAGAUAUAUAUAUUACAACCGUUGUGAACCACAAUUAAUAUUAUAUUGUCAAUUCGAGACUAUUGGGAUUAUUAAAUUUGAGUUGACAGAAUUUUUGAUGACGAAUAUGAUAGGUAUUGCUCCAACUCGCAAAACCUACCUAUUAGUUAAUCUAAAGUGUAAUUUUAGACAUUUAAAUCCCACAAUGGAUGAUGUUUCUAAAGAGAGAGUUGAACAGUUAUUUACGGUCAGUACCUAUUUUAAAUGCUAAAUUAUCAGUAAAUUACUGCAAUAAGUCUAUAAGUAUUAUUGAUUGAAUAUAAUGAUAAAAUCAAGAAAUCUCUCUCUAGAAGUAUGUACUAUUAAAUAAAUAAAUGAGACAUAGGUAAUUUUAAAGAUUUACAUGUUCGAUAGGGUCGACAAUAUAAUACGUUAAUGAAAUCCGUCCUUUACCUAUACUAAAGUAUAGAAUGAGUUAUGAAACUAUAUUUAUUAUAAUUUUGAGAAUAUACAAAGAUGACGAGUGAACGCAAAGUGAACUAUUAAUUACUUUAAUACAUUGAAUGGCAAGAAAUUCGCAGAGUGUAUUCACUCAAUUAACUUAUAAUCGUUGUCGUAGCUCGUCGUUGUCUCAUAGUCGUAGCAAUAUCAGCUACGAGUAGAAGCUACAAGAUAUAGUACAGAGGCCCAAGCAUGAAAUUUUGACAGCUACGUAACUUAUCGCAUCUUCAAAGUUUCUAUGAAAACUAAGCAGCUAUCGGACGUAAGAACUAGCUUUUUCAAUACAAAAUUUGACGAUGACUAUACGUUACGGAGCUGUCAAAAUUUCAUACUCGGGCCUCAGAUAACCACAAAUCAAAUUAUCCACUCCUGUAAAAUUUCCCUUAAGGCUGAUUUACACUUCUGUAAGUACAGUAGCUAGUUUAGAAAAAAUGACAGCUAAGCAGUAUGUAAUUAAAACUCUGUCUAAAUUAUGAAAUAACUUAUCUCGCCAAGACCGUAUUUUAACUCGCUACUGGUGUCAAUUCUGGUAUGAUUCUCUAAAGCUAAACUUAAAUUUGACAACAGUGUAUCUCUGUCAUUCUCUAUACAGACUGAAAAGGACAGACUGAUGUCAAAUUUAGUUUUAAGUUUAGAGAAUCCUGCCAGAAUCGACACCACUGUUAUCAAAGUGUAAAUGAACCUUAACAGAAUUUGAGAUUUUUUGCUUCAUAAUCUAUUGAGACUGUAUGUAGCUCGCAAUCAAAUAUGUAUCUACAAAUAAUAAUGUCCCUGCGAUGGCGCAAGAGUUUGUAUUAUUGUAAUUUAAUCAUAGAACGGUUGUAUUGUAAACGAGGCUCAAAAGUGCAACACAUUAUUAUUCAUGUUUAGAAGCGUCCUUAUCACGAAUAAAGUGUUGAAAAGUCUUUUUCGUUUUCUUAUUUUAGCGUCCCAUAGUCAUUGUGAAGUUGCGUAGCAGGCAUAUUUUUACACGACUGCACAAAAAAAGAGUAUCAUUAGAAUCGUUUCACAAUCCCGGGUGACAUAGGAUACCUAAACUGUUAAAAUUUCAAUCAUAACAAUGGCAAAAUGUUAAUUAUUUAUGUAAAAAACAAAGUUUUGUUUUUACAAUAUUGGUAUCAUUUGAAAGGUCUAAUUAAUUAAUAAACGGGUUUAACUGUAAAACGUGAGAAAUACCAGCAAAUACAUUGAUUACUUGACAUAGCACAUAUUAAAUUUAUUAAGCACUAAAACGAUAAAAAUAAAUUAUGAAAUUAAGUAACACGACUGCUGUUAAAAAUAUUGAACUAAAAAGUAUUAAAAAAGUUUUAUUUUUCGAAAUGGACGGAAUGUUAGUAUAUAUUUUGAUGCAAUCGGGGGACUCUAUUAAGGAUAUCUUCUCAUUACCAAACGUUCCCCCGACAGCACUUAAAAAUAUAGUAACAUUCAGUCCAAUUUUAAAAUAAAAAUUAUUUUAUACUUUUUAGUUCAGUUUUUUUUAAUGGAAGUCGUGUUUAUUAAUUUUAUUUUUUUCGUUUAAAGUGCCUUGUAAAUUGAAUAUGUGCUUGAAGUAAUCUAUGUAUUUAUUAACAUAGACGAGCGAUAUAUUUUUAUUGUAAUUUAGAAAAACAUUAGUCCAUUUCUGCUGUUCCACUGUUUUGUAAAGCCUGUAUAAUAGGUACUGUUUUCCUGCAAUCUAUUUCAAAAUAUCAUCUGAUACUUUUCACCACUACGAAAUGUAUGUUUUGUAAUGCGAAAGUUCUGUAAUGAGAAGAUAACCUUCCCGAACUUUCCCGAGAGGUCCUCCGAUUAUGAUAGUUUGGCUCGUUUCACAGUUUAACUUUUCCACAUUUUAACAAGUAUCCUAUUGUAUAAUGCGAUUCAAAUAAGAAUAGGAAAGCCAAUAACAUCCAUCUGUAAAAUGUCGCUUGAAAAGUACGGUUUGCAAAAAAAUCUCGGAACACUUUUUUAGCACUCAGCUGAUUCUAGAAUAAAAAUCAAACAUUUUUAAACAAACAAUAACAAAUGUUGAUAAUUAAUAUUAGUUGCUUUUUUUUCAUUUAUUGAGCUUUGGAUAUGAAUGGUUGAUAACCUAAAUCGUCAACCAAAUGUCACUUUAUGUUGCGUUCAAAAACUCGAUUUAAAACUUUCGUUUAACAUAUAGGAUGCAUGUUUAUAUGUGACCUGCAUGAUUAUUUAUAACUUCUCCGGCGGUAACGCAGAGUUGAGCGAAAUUUCUUCAAUUUUGAGCUUCAGCUCGAUUCUGAUUAAUUGUUUUUUUUCACACAGUCUUAAUAAAGAAAUACUACUAAAAAUCGGUUGUGUUCUUUCUCAACCUUAGUAAAUUAAUCUUAUUAAAAAUCUGAUGUUUUGUCUCACUUAAUCUUAGUAAAUAAGUUUCAUUAAAUAGCAUAAUUUUUUUGCUCACUCUACCUAUUUGGUUUGAAUUGACAGCUAUGACGUCAAAAUAUGGCGCCCAGUCGCUCCUAUUCUUAGUUGAAUCGCAUUAUACAGUGUUGAACUAUGAUCAAAUAAAAAAGUUGAAAAGCAGAGGCGGCUCUAGCUCCUGUGGCGCCAGCCGCCAGUGUGCCACCAGUACCCUGGCGCCCCCUAGUAGGAGCGGGGUCAAAAUGGAAUACUUACAUUUAUAUUUUCAUAAAAAAUUCGAGUGCAAGUUACAACAAUAAAAAAUUACAACUUUGUAGUUCUUAAUUUAAAAAUAAAAUAUCUUACAGGACGCUAGUACACACAAAUAUACACACAAACAAAUGUUUUUACAAACAAAUACUUUUCGGGCUUUUGCAUUAGCUAAAUCUUUAACAAUGCCACUGACUUCAAUUUUGAUUUCAUGUUCAAUACUUAUUAACGAUUUUGUCAAUAUUGUCGUUGAUCUUAGAUAGUGUUUAAUUAUUUUUAGUUUAGAAAAUGACCUUUCGCUGUGUGCUACCGUGACUGAAAGUGUGAGGAUUUCUCAGUGCUGUGAACAGAUUUGGGAAUACUGAAAUCAAUUUAUCCUUAAACAAGUAAUUUAAAAUAUCCAACGGCGUAGUGGAAUCAUCAAUAAACAUCGGUAAUAAUUCGAUUUCAUUAAAGAGCUCGAACUUUUCCACAUCUGAAGAGACAGCUUGGCAAAGUUUAUUUUCUAAAUUAGAUCAAUGUGCUUUUUAUGUAUCCGUGUCCAAAUCCUUCCAGUCUGUCAAUUUUUGAAGAAAUGAAAAAACCUACACUAUUUUGAUUGAGAAGUUCGAACCAUUCGUCGAACUUAGUAAUUGCGGUGUCUGAUAAAUAGAAGUAAAAAUUGACUUUAAAAUGUGUAUUCGCGUCUGUGAUAAUUUCAUCCUCCGCCUCAUAAUGAAAAACUCUUUUACGAGCGCGAGGGCGUGCAGGUGUGGGAAAUUCUGCUAUUGCCUCGUCUUCUUCCGCUACAGUUUUCGUGCUGUUAAGGAGCUUUUCAAAAGCGGAGUCAUUACGGAAUUCAGACAAACUUAUUUUUGCAUUAUCAAUAAUUUUCACCACUUCUGACAUUACAACGUCUGACUUUUGAAGAGUCUUGCUAACUAUAUUUACCUUGCUUAAAAUUUCAAACCAAAUAAGCAGAGAGCAGAUGAAUUUAAGCGACUUCAUUUUUCCCAGUAAUGAAUUUGCAAUAUUUCUUGACUCCGCAUCUUUGCUUCUAUCGGAAUAUAUGGUACACAAGGCAUAUUACCCUUUCCCAGUUCAAAACGUAGAGCUUUUACUGCUUCAACCCUGCUCUCCCAUCGAGUAUUUGAGAUUGGUUUUAAACUUAAAGUUGGCAUUCUUUAGCAAGUAUUUGCCACCGUGUUGUUGACGCAGAAACAAUAAAUCUUGGCGCCGGGCGCCCCCUUAGACCCGGCACCCGUGUGCACCGCACACCCUGCACUAUAGGUAAAGCCGCCUCUGUUGAAAAGUAUCACCAUAAUAUUUAGAAAUAAAUUGCUGGAAGAGAAAACAUAUUAUACAGAGUGUAACAAACAAUAAAAUAGCAAAAACGGGUUAUUGUGUUUCAGAAAUACAAAAGAUUACAAUAUAAAUAUAACUCUCAUCUAUGUAGUAAUUGGUCGCACGAUGAUUCUCUCUAUUCAGUACUGCAUUAUCCAGUACUUACCCAUCUUGUAAAUUUUUCCAUUGAAAUUGGUUUAUUUUAUACCUCUUUCUAAGAAUAAUAAUUCAAAGACACUCAACCACUUCAGACCGUCUUAUCUCAAAUCCAAAUUCACUUUUUUAAGUUCCACUCACUCUUGUCCUUUACGCUCAUCUCAAAAUCUUCACUUCAUAUCCAACUCUUUCUGUCUCCAAGCUGUUCUGUCUCUGAAAUGAUCUUCCGAAAAUUGUAAGAAGCUCACCUGCUAAGCAUUAUGCUAAGAAGUCAUAAUAACAGCAUUUCAAACUUUUAGUCAAUCUGCCAUAAAUAAAUAAAUUUUGAAUGUUUAUUGUUUAUAUUUUUGUAUUUAUUUGUGUUUAGUUUAUAUGUGUAUUAUUCUAAUCAUGUAGGUAUGUAUAUUUACGUUUGAAUGUAUAUUAUUUAGAUAUUGUAUUAUAAUUGUAUUUGUAUGAAUUUGCUUUUUUUUCUCCUUCAUUUGUUUAUUUACUUUAGCGUCGUAAUUUCUCUGCUUAGCCCGAUGGUUGACUGGUAGAGAAUACCUUAUGGCAUUAAGUCCGCCAUUUGUCAAAUGACAAUUAAGAGAGAAAUAAAUAGUAAUUAAUAACAGAAUUUGAAAAUAUUGUUGAUAUUUGUUGGCCUACAUCAUACAUCACUUAGGCCCAUAUUAUAGAAAGAUUCUCAGUGAUUGAUCUAGUUUUGGGCAUAGUUAGAAAGGGAUGUCGCUAUAUAUAACACAUAGCGAUAUCCCUUUCUAACUGUGCUCAAGUAAUGAUCAAUACUUAGUUGUCAUUCUGUAAUACGGACCUUAGAAUUAGAAAACAAAUUAAGAAUCAAAGACCAAAAUGGUUUAUUUAACAAUGUAUUAUUUUGUUCAUAGUUUUUUUCAACAGAGUUUAUCUGCAAAUUUUAUAAAACAAAUCCGCAAUUAGUUGAUAUUUAUAACAAUACAUAUUUGUGUUAGUUAUUUUAACUGAUUUAACAUUUUCAUCAAAAAAUACACUAGCCAUCAUAGCAACUGCUGCAUUUAUAUUACCACUAGGUAAUGUUGGUAAUACCGACGCAUCAACUACAUAUAAAUUGGCAACACUGAAUACUCUAAAAUUAGUAUCUACUACACUAUUUGAACUAGUCAAACCCAUGGAACAAGUACCAACAGGAUGAUAGCUUGAUAACGUCAAAUGUCUAACAUAGCAAUCCCAAUAAGCAUCAGAGAAUAUAGUAUGACUUUCACAAUUUGGAAAAUGUUGAGGAUUGAUAUAGGCACCCAUUUCCUUCAUAGCUGGAGUGUUUAAAAACUUCUCAACUAAUUUUAAACCAUUAAUUAAAGUUUUCACAUCUUCAUUGCAGUUUAAAUAUUUAGGAUCAAUCAACGGAGGUGAUUUCGGAUCUGUAUUUACAAUAUACACUUCACCUCUGCUUUUUGGAUGUAGAACUAUAGGCAGUAUUGUUGCUGCAUGUUUAUCAAAAACGUUCUCGAAAUAGUUUUCCCAUACUGUGUCACUUAUACCUAAAGCUAAUCUUAAAUGACUCCCUCUAUCUGAUGAUAUACCUACUGGCAUUACCAUGAAUUGUAUGUCUGGCACUUUAUCACCUUUUGUUGACAAAAAAGUAAUAAGUUCACAACCCGCGGUUGUUAAAGGUCCUUUUCCAUUAACAAAAUAUUCAUAAACAUUUCUAAAGUCUAGCAUACUCAUGGGGUUUACAGAUAAAGUCUUAUUUAUUAAAAUUAAAUCAAAACCUGUGGUAACAUGGUCUUGCAAAUUAUAUCCUACAGGAAGAUUUUUUACAAUGGGAAUGUUUACAGACUUAAGGACAUUGGCAGGCCCAAUACCAGACAGCUGCAGAAUUUUGGGUGUGUUGAAUGUUCCUGCAGACAAAAUAACUCCUUUCUUAGCAAAGACGUUGUGUUUUUUAUCAACAAUUUGUAUUGAAACACCUUUUGCAACACCAUUCCUUAUUACAACUUUUUCAACUAGGGCAUUACUUAACACAUACUUGGAUAAAUCUAAGCUGUCUGAUAUUGUCCACCUUUUACCAUUUUUCUGGGACAAUUUACUUUUGCUGUAACCAAUUUUGAAGUCAGAAUUCAACCUACUGUAACCUAACUGUUCAGCAGCUUCUGACAUGGCUUCUACUAAUUCACUUUCAAAAUUGAUUUCAUUUAAGUGUAACAUGUCCCUUUCUACAGUUUCAAAGUGAUCAAUUAAAUAAUUUUCAUCAUACUUUCCAUGGAACCAGGCUGCAUAAUGUGAAAUAUUGCCCCUGACAUGCACCAUAUUGUUGAUUUUUGAUGAACCUCCAACAAUCUUGCCUUGAGGCAAUUUGCAUUUCU